UGGGUCGCUUGAAAAAUGACGUCAUUGAUAGUUUGUUUAAACCCAGCGUGCUUCGUCACCAUCAGACUUCACAGUUUUUCAGAAGGAUCAUAUCCGCGUCAUCGUGCUGGAGGUCUACAUGUAUUUAUUCCUGACAUCCAUUGGGCCAGAUUUAGUGGAAUGGGGAAAAAGCAUCAAGUUGUCUACAUUGUACUGGCCACCCUGAUUCACAGGCUCUACGGUGAUUUGCUGAUAAAAGGCCAGAAGAAGGUCAUCAUGGAAGACGACAGCACUCGGCUGGAGUGUGUCUACUCCAACAAAGCCUACGACAUCAGCAAAGUCCAAUUCGAAGUUUUCUCUGAGUGGCUCCAGAUUUGGCGGCCGGUCACGCCGUCCUCUUGGAGCUUGUACUCGCUGGAGGCGGAGCAAGCCGCCGACAAGAUGGUGCUGAAGAUCCCCCGGGCGGCCAGCUUCUCCGAGAGACUCUUCCGCUGCGUUUCCAGCGACGAGACGCUGAGGGGCUCCAACAGGUCCUCCGAGACCCUCUCCUUCAAAGUACACUAUUUGAGGGAGCCCCAGCUGUUCCGAGUGGGUCUCAGCAGAUUGUUCAGCCUCCAACAUCAAAUCAAAGUGCGACGCGGGGACGACGUGGCGCUGAAAUGCUACGCCAGAUCCUCCGAGCAACCUACCUACUACUGGUUCCGGGAGGGUGACGACUGGCUGCUGCCUUCGCCUCUGCUGAGUUUGCGAGGAGUGAGGGCCUCGGAUGCCGGGGUGUACGCCUGCAAGGCCGAGCAUCCCUCCGUGCCGCACAGACGCUCGCACAACGUCACCGUCGUCGUCUUGCCUGAGGAUGCUCGUUGGUACGAGUCCAACACCGACCACGUUGUCCUGAUGGCCUUACUGGUGGCGCUGGUGGUCGUCUCGGCUCCGAUUCUCAUCUUGACCGAACAUUACUGCCGCAGGUAUAAGAAGGCCAAGGUCAACAAAGGACCCAUUGAUGACCACUCACAGAUCUCGCCCAUGUAUGAAAUGGCUUGUCUGCAGCAAAACAGUGAGGAGAACUCCCUUCUAAACCAAAACGUGUGACGGCGCUGCCAAUGGAAUGGAAAAGGAUUGGCAAAAAGAUGGAGUGUGCGGCCAGAGAGUGAGCGAUGGUGUACUUGGGCACAGGGUGAUGAUGAGCAGCUGGAGAGCGAGGCUAAAGGGAGAGCAGAAAUACUACAAAAAAAAAAAGAAAAGAAAAGCAAUGCUCUGCAUUGCCACUUUAGACUAUUUAGCGUUUAAUGCUGCAUCUACUUGACUGUCAAUGCUCACUCAAACCCGCUUGGGCUGAUUAUGUUGUGUGUGCACUUUGAGAAGCCUUCUAUUUCUUUGCUGAGCCAGCAUCUGUGGCCUAGAGUAGGUUGUGAGUUCAAACCCGGGCCGAGUCAUACCAAAGACUAUAAAAAAAAAAUGGGAGCCAUUACCUCCUUGCUUGGCACUCAGCUUAAAGGGUUGGAAUUGGGGGUUAAAAUCACCAAAAAUAUGAUUCCCGGGCGUGGCCGCUGCUGCUGCUCACCGCUCUCCUCACCUCCCUGCGGGGGAACAAGGGAAUGGGUCAAAUGCAGGCAGAUUUCAACCACACCUAGUGUGUGUGGUACUUUAAGGAACUUCAUAAGCUGUUGACUCCAAGUUGUCUUCAUGCAGUUUCAGCUUGAGGCUAUUUUGAAGGCAUCGACCGUACGAUUAACCCCAACUUUUGACUUGGACUACUUGUAUUGUACAUUACAUUACAUACUGUAUAUCGGUUUGAAAAUAGCAGACGGAUGGAUUUUAAUGAUUCAUCACUGAAACGUUGUCAUCAGUAACCACAUUUCAUGUUUUCAAGUGUAAAUUUCCCAAAUCCGAUGUUUUUAAUUGUUUUGUAUGUUAAUGAGUUCUUCAUUUGCUGCUUCAUUUGUGACGUUUAUUCAUCUAUAAAGUUGUAACAGAAA